CUCUGUGAAAAUGAGUAGGCCAGCCCGAGUAUUGUAGGAUCUGAGCCAACCCACUCAUAUGGACUGUGGUUCUGGUUCCAUCCAUCGAUCGUGGAGCUUGAGUCUACACAUCUCCAUUCUCCUCCAAUUUGCAUAAAUAGCCCUGGCAGUUGUAUUAUUUUUAAAUAUUAAUUAGCCAUCUCUAUUCUCAACAGUCAACAUGCUCCUCCGCUGAUACUACUAGAAGCAGCAGCAAGCUAACCUUCGAAAACAAUGGAAGCAGCAGUUAUGAGUAAUAAUAAUGGUAAAAGAGGCAGAAAGCCACUUGCAGAUUGCACAAACCUUUCACAAACUUCAUCUACUAAUAGCAACAUUUCUUCUUCUAAGAAAACACCCAUUCUCUCCUCUUCCCUUCGCAAAAGCAAUGCUGGGUCCACCCACAACGCCGCUGCUUCAAAAUCCACAGCCCUUCUGCUCCCUUUCUCUUCCACUACCCCACCUCAAUCGUCUUCUCUUCCUGGUGUUGGUGGUGAUGGGAUUUUUGAGCCGCAUUCAGUUUACACUCGGAGACAAUCUGCAACAGAUAAAAGGAACAAGAGUAAAGGGAAGGCAAUUGCUGUGCCUAUAAGUUUCGCUCCUGCACCUAACACUGAAUUCGCCUGGGAUAAAAUGAAUGAAGGUGGAGUUACUCAUCCAUCCAAGUCGUGUACAUUUCAUCACAAAAAGAAACAACGUAGGAAACUGUCUGAUGAAGAUGAGAAGAAACAUGCGCUGCCACAAGAUUUUAUUGAGCAGCAGAGAGCUUACUUUGCUGAGAUCGAUGCAUUUGAACUGUCAGAGGUGGAGGUUGAUUCAAGCAAUGAGUUGGACUGAUUGGAUCUCAGGGGAAGUAUAUACUAGAGUAUAGGAUGAGCAAUCAAGUCACAGCUUACCAAGGAUUUUAUAUGUGCAGAUAGAAUAAUAGUUAAUUCACGUGCUCUGUUGUAAAUGCCUCUACUGAUAAAUGCUUGACAAUGUCGGGUUGUACAAAGGGGAGAUUUCUUAGGCAAUAGAGUGUCUUUAUCCUUUGCACAGGGAAAUGUUUGAGGAAACGAAAUUGGAUUGAUUUUUCUGCAAUUUCCCAUGCUCUACUUUGCAGUGAGUUGAAUUGAUGGGCGUGAUUUUUCUGCUUACAAGAUGUGUAAAGAUUCAGAUGUAUUUCAUUUUGCUGGUCAUUUGAGUUUCU